AUGGCCGAGACUCAUCCCGAGACCCCGGUGGCCACCCAGAAGCGCCCGCUCGAGGAGCCCUCCUCGCCAUCUGGACCAACCGACCAACCCGACGCGAAGCGACCAGCGCUCGACAAGGUCCUCAAGGAAGACGGAGCUGCUACCGAGGAGCUCGCCGCCGACGCGACUACUGCUGAUGCUGCUGAGCUCCCAGUCACGGAAGAGGACGAAAACUUCGACCCAGUAGCGAACCAGACGGAGGUUGCUGAGCAGGAUGACACCAAGCCGGAAGACGACGUUACCGACAAGCAGGGCGAUACCGUCGUUCCUGAUGCCCCGAAUAAUGGCAUGCCGGCCGAUCUUUCCCUUCCUCCUGUCCCGGGAGAUCCGUUCGCCUUGCCUUCCACCAAUGGCUCUGCUGACGACCGCGCAGCCUCUCAAGCUGCCAUGCCAUAUCAUGCCCAGGACGAGUCUCAGUGGCUUCAUGUUCGCGCCAUCAUCUCUAGUGCGGAGGCAGCGACCGUGAUCGGCAAGGGAGGCGAGAACGUCACCCAAAUCCGUCGCAUGGCUGGUGCCAAGUGCACUGUUAGCGAGUACUCUCGCGGCGCUGUCGAGCGCAUUCUGACCGUCAGCGGUCUGGUCGAUGCCGUUGCGAAGGCUUUCGGUCUCAUCAUCCGCACUCUGAACCAAGAGCCCCUAGACCAACCUUCCACUCCUCAGUCCAAGACCUACCCUCUGCGUCUGCUGAUUCCACACAUCCUGAUUGGCUCUAUCAUCGGCAAGCAGGGCGUUCGGAUCCGUGAGAUUCAAGAGGCCUCCGGCGCGCGGCUCAAUGCGUCCGAGUCUUGCCUGCCACUCUCCACGGAGCGCUCACUCGUGGUCCUUGGUGUUGCCGACGCUGUGCACAUUGCUACUUACUACGUGGGAAGCACCCUGGUCGAGCAGUUGACUGACAGAUUCGGUGGUCCAGCUGCAUCCAACUACGCUGGCCGACAUGGCGGUCCCCAGGGUGUCGUGCCCGGCGGCAUGCAAGUCGUCCCGUAUGUGCCUCAACACACUGGUGGGCAAUCUGGUCACCCAGACAGGUACCCCAAGAACCCCAACCAGCCUCAGCGUGGCCCAGCGCAGCCUUACGGUAUGCCGUACGGUCAAGCGCAGACUCCUCAGCAGCACCCGCAAGCACCUAUGCCUUACGGCGCUGGCUCUCCACGUGCCCCUUACGUUGGCGCAGGUCCUCAGCCACCUCAGCCCUACGGCCAUGGCCCCGCAGCACCACAAGGCGCCCACGCAGGCCCUCCUCAGCAGCCCAUGCAAGGCAUGGUACCAGGCCAGCCCAUCACCCAACAGAUCUUCAUCCCGAACGACAUGGUCGGCGCCAUUAUUGGCAAGGGUGGAGCGAAGAUCAACGAAAUCCGCCAACUCAGCGGCAGUGUCAUCAAGAUCAACGAGCCGCAAGACAACAACAACGAGCGACUCGUCACCAUUACCGGAACGCAAGAAUGCAAUCAAAUGGCCCUCUACAUGUUGUACUCUCGGCUGGGUGAGUCAAGUAAAAAUUCCAACUCUAUCAUGCCACGAUAG